ACAAAAAAAGCAAAAUCUGAAAACUCUUUCUUUUCCAGUUUCCACUUUCCUGUGUGACAGUCACGUGUGCUUCGUUACCCUCUUGUCACUUUCUCAGGAAAAUCUCAACCAAUCCAAUUUUAAGUGCUCAUGUGCAAGUACAAAGCUAACCCAUUUCACAAGUUUCUAACUUUCAACUAACCAACAAUCAAGUUUCACUUUUUUUACUCUGCAACCAUAGCCAUUGCAUUUGUUCAUUGUUGUAGAAAUUUCAAAUGGAUGGUGAAUACAACUCUUCUACAGUGUCCUUAACAUCGAAACCUUUGAUGUGUCCCAAGUCACCACUUCCAGGGUUUGUGGAUUUUCAUGGAAAGAGGAAGCAGAUGGUUAAGAUUCAAGUUUUGGAGAAAGAAAUUGGUUUGCUUCAGGAAGAGUUAAAAUCACUAGAAGGACUCCACCCAGCUUCUAGAUGCUGCAUAGAGCUUGAUGCCUUUGUAGGCUCUAUUUCAGAUCCCUUCACACCCACAAGAAAGCACACAAUCUCUAAAUCCCAUUACUUCGGGAAGAAGAUCAGUCUUCCAUGGAUAUGUUGCUCCUACAGUUGCUUUCCUCAUAAAAAAAUUGCAAAAGGUUGUUGUUCAUGUUGUUCAUCAUCAAACUCCAGAUGUUUUGGCAACAAUUGCUUGAAGACUAAAUCUACACUCUCCUUUGCUUGUUGCUGUUUGUGCUAUUCUUUGUAAAGUUGAUGUUGACCCAAGUUUUAAUUGUUUAAAUUAUUGGGUGCUGUUAAACAUUUUAUCAAUAAUUGAAAAAUAUCAUAU